UUGAAUUUAUUUAUAUAGUAAACUUGUUUUUCAAUGUUAAGACCAAGAUCUCCUGAAUCGAACGCACUAAAAUAUUUGAUAAACUAUGUCAGAAAACAUAGAAUUUUAUCAACACCAGAUAGCACUGGCCAGAACAGAAAUAAAAAACCUAAGGCAGCGUAUAUCAUCGCUAAAACAUGAACACCAGAAAGAAAUCAAUGAGAUUAAGUCUACACUGAGUUCUCUACGCUGUGCUAACUGUAAAGCUGAAGCAACAUCAUUAGCAUCCACACACAACAAUGUACAAGCUUCAGUAUCACAGAGUUAUGAAAUUACAUACAAACCUAUAGGUUAUAUUGAGACAGCGUUCAGUAAUAAAAGGGGUGUGCCAAGACAGUCCUCAGUAUUAACAACAGCAAGAGGAGUUGUUGUUAUAGAUUCUAGUGUGUUUAAUAAUCCUGAACAUGCUUUGUGUGGUUUGGCAGAAUUUUCUCACAUGUGGAUAAUUUUCCAUUUCCACAUGACAGAAAGUUCGAAUGCGCCGGCGAAAGUGUCGCCGCCAAGAUUAGAAGGUGAAAAACGCGGGGUAUUCUCGACCAGAUCGCCGCACAGGCCGUGCCCUAUAGGACUGUCUCUGGUUAAACUGCAUAGUAUUGAUGGAAAUAAAAUAUAUUUCAACGGGGUGGACAUGGUCAAUGGUACUCCAGUUCUCGACAUAAAGCCCUACAUACCACAGUAUGACUAUCCGCCGGCUUAUGCGACACCCGUGACGUCAGUGCGACCGCCCACUGAGGGCAUCAGUGACACAGCCGAAACUAUGGGCAGUUUGCAAAUUGCCGACGAAAGUUUAAGUCCAUGUUCAGUACAGCUGGGAAUAGACACAACUAGUCAGUUAUCUCGAUCAACCGUGGUAGAUGUUUCAAUACCCCAGAAUCUGCUCACGCCUAUAUCGCCAUCUCCAGAAUCGCCGACGAGCGAGGAUCUUUUAGAUGGGCCAAUCACGUCUCCAAUGCGAAGGGUUGAAAACGAACGCGGAGCUCCAGAUGGGCAAGAAAGAUUCACUCCUCCACAAUCAGCUUUGAAUCUCAAUCAGGAUGGAAUUCGUGUUGCCUCCUGGGUUACAAAUCCACCUUCAAGGACAUAUCAAGUAACAUUCACAAACGAUGCUAACGAAAGACUUUAUGAAUUAAUUGGCGAUAGAUCUCAAUCGUUCAAGGCAAAUAUACAAGGUCUUUUAUCGGAAGACCCAAGAUCUGUUUAUGUGAGAACCAGAUAUCCAGACCACGAGUACAGUUGUGUACUAGAAGAUCUCUCUAUUAGUUGUGUUUUUGAUGAAAAUGCGUGUCUUUGUACAAUUAUUGCAGUUAGAAGUGCCGAGGACUUACAAAAUUGAUAUUCGCCUAGAUAAAGAUAAGUUUUACUAUGUGCUUGACUGCCUUAAUAAUUUAUUUUUGCUUCAAAAUUGGAUUUUAUUAUUACAACUAAAUUGUUUGAA